GGUUGGUGCUUCUCCGCGCUUCCACAAGCGCACUCCGUAGCAUACUAUAUAACAAGGCCUGCGGUGGCGCAACCUCCUACGUGCUCUCGCCCGCAUUUGUUGAAACGAGAACCGGACCUUGCAUCUUCGAUCUCUCCCCUCUCACUGGGAAGCGUAACCUCCACUGCAGCCACAGAGACCCCAGUCCACUAUUACCCCCUCGCCCGGCAGUGCGCUCGCUGCAUUUGUCAUCGCCAGGGCCUCAACUUAUAUCGAGACACACGCACGACUCGCGCACGCCACUGCGUCAACAUCAGCGUCAGCGUCAGCAGUCACCGCCGUUACUAUUGAGAAACGACAGCGACGUCCAAAGUAGGAACAGAAACAACACCGACAUCGUCCCGGUUGUCGUCACCGCGACCGCCGCCACCAUCAUGGCAGACGAGAGCCAGCCAACAACACCACCAUCACCGGCAGCGCCCACCACGCCAUCCGCUGCCGGUGGUUUCCUCACCAUCGUCGUCUCCCACCGCAAGCACAACUACACCUUUGAGCUGCCCGACGAUGCCACCGUCGCAGACCUCUUCGACGACGUGGCCGCCACCCUCGACAUCCCCGCCUGCCACCAAAAGAUGCUCGUCCCCCGCGGUCCCCUCCUCAAGAUGCCCUUCAAGGACCCGGCCAUGACCCUGCACUCGCUGCAGGGCAAGACGCUCACCCUCAUGGGCACCCCCGCCGCCGAGGUCCAGGCCGUCAACACAAUGGCCGACCGCGUCGCCCGUCGCAAUGCCGCCCGCGCCGCCGCCCAUCGCGCAAAGGCAGCAGCAGCACGCCACCACAGCAACCACAAGCCGCGCUCCGUCGUCACCACUACUUCCGCCGACGACGCCCGGUACACCUUCCUCCAGGUCCGGCCCCUCGACGGCCUGCCCCGCCCGGACCGCAGCCUCGCCCUGCUCCACCGCCUCAAAGAGGAUCCGGGCAUCCGCGCCGCCAUGCGCAAGCACCGCUUCGUCGUCUCCCUGCUCACCGAGAUGGAGCCUCUCGCCCACACCCAGACGUCCCACGAGGGCACCUCGCGCACCCUCGGGCUCAACCGCAACCGCGGCGAGGUCAUCGAGCUGCGCCUCCGCACCGACGCCCACGACGGCUACCGCGACUACAAGACCAUCCGCAAGACGCUGUGCCACGAGCUCGCCCACAACGUCCACGGGCCCCACGACCGCAACUUCUGGGACCUGUGCCACCAGAUUGAGCGCGAGGUCGAUGCCGCCGACUGGAAGACGGGCGGCCGCACCAUCAGCGGGGACACGUCACGGUACACCAUCUCGGGCCAGGGCCGGCACGUCUACGACGAGGACGAGGACGAGGGCGGCUGGACGGGAGGCGAAUUUGUGCUCGGCGGGGUGAGCAGCAGCAGCAGCAGCGCCGCCGCCGCCGCCGAGGAACCCGGCAUGAGCAGGAGAGAGGUGCUCGCGCAGGCGGCCCUCGAGCGCCAGCGCAAAGAGACGGGCGCCGAGCGCAAGGCCUGCGACGCCCUCGCCAAGGGCUGGCGGCCGUGUCAGCGGCCAAACCCCGACGAGACCAAGUGAUCAGAGGGCGGGCCCAGGAAGUACUCAUGAUGGCGUUGUAUCUGCAUUUUAUGGGAAUUUUUUUUGUUUUUCUCGCAGCAUUGCGUGGAGUUUUCGAUUUGGAUCAGGACAUGUUGGGAAGCAUGGGAGCAUUAGUAGUAGCGAACGACUGUCUGUGUCUGUUCUUUUUUACCCAGCAUGGUACAGCGCAGGGUCUUGAUUUCAUUAGCGUAGCUACAAACACAUUGGAUCUGAUUUCAUGAUGGCUCUGAUUGACUACUUAUAUAUGCACACAGGUUCAAACACGAUGCCGUGGCACUAUAUUUGUACAAGAC